CCACAGCUGCCUCUCGCCGCAUUGUGACUCACAGCAUCAUGGCGGAGGAGCUGCUAGCCGGGUCCCAGUGGCCAAAUUCAAGAGAUGCCUAUGAGCUUCAGGAGAUCAUCGGCAGCGGGGCUACUGCCGUGGUACAGGCAGCCUUCUGCAAACCCAAGAAGGAGCGGGUGGCAAUAAAGAGAAUAAAUCUGGAGAAAUGCAACACGAGUAUGGAUGAGCUUCUGAAGGAGAUUCAAGCCAUGAGUCAGUGCAAUCAUCCCAAUGUUGUGACUUACUUCACCUCAUUUGUGGUGAAAGAUGAACUCUGGCUGGUCAUGAAGCUGCUGAGUGGAGGCUCAAUGCUGGAUAUAAUCAGGAGGACAGUCAGCAAGAACGAACACAAGAAUGGUGUGCUGGAUGAGCCAGUAAUAGCAACGGUUCUCAAAGAGGUGCUAGAGGGCUUGGACUAUCUGCAUAGGAAUGGGCAGAUACACAGGGAUGUCAAAGCUGGUAAUAUUCUACUUGGUGAUGAUGGAUCUAUACAAAUUGCAGAUUUUGGUGUUAGUGCCUUUCUGGCUGCUGGUGGAGAUAUGACCAGAAAUAAAGUACGUAAAACCUUUGUUGGAACUCCGUGUUGGAUGGCCCCAGAAGUGAUGGAACAGGUAAGAGGUUAUGACUUCAAAGCAGACAUCUGGAGUUUUGGAAUAACAGCAAUUGAACUGGCAACUGGAACAGCACCGUAUCACAAGUACCCGCCGAUGAAGGUUCUGAUGGUGACUCUCCAGAAUGAGCCCCCUACUCUCGAGACAGGUGUAGAGGACAAGGAGAUGGUUAAGAAGUAUGGCAAAUCCUUCCGUAAACUGAUAGCCCUGUGCCUUCAAAAAGACCCUGCAAAGAGGCCCACUGCAGCAGAGCUGCUGAAGCACAAAUUCUUUCAGAAAUCAAAGAGUAAAGAUUAUCUGAUGGAGAAGUUGUUGGGCCAUUCAGUAAGUGGAGGACAGAAGGACACAAAGGCUGACAACACAGUGCAAGCUACUGGCACGAUGCCAAAGUCUGUGAACGAGCCAGAGACUAACAAAAAGACAAGAUGCAUCCAGGGAUCGAGUGGGCACUUGUACAAAACAGAAGAUGGCGGCUGGGAGUGGAGUGAUGAUGAAUCAGGCGAUGCGUAUGAUGAAUCAAAACCUGCGGCUUAUCAGAAAACUGAACAGUCAGGAAGUCCAUCACAUCUAACUAACCAGGAUGGUUCAAUCCAUCUGGUCCUGCGACUGAGGAAUUUACGAAGGGAAUUGAAUGACAUCAGAUUUGAGUUCACUCCAGGGAGGGACUCUGCAGUUGGUGUUUCUCAGGAGCUCGUUUCUGCAGGCUUAGUGGACAAGUUUGACAUGAUGGUCGUGGCUAACAACCUGCAGAGACUAAUCGAUGACCCUCAUUCAAACAGGACACUCACAUUUCGGCUGAAACACACCGCUUUGCCUGCUGCUUGGCUUGGAAGCUGAUUUGCCUCGUGUUCCAUGGCUGGGUGGAUGAAGGACAUCUGUUCCAUGAUGACGAGUUUUCC